AUGAUUGAUCGGCUACUAAAUCCCGUAGAGAGUGCCAAAGAACAACCUGAAAACCCUUACGCCAAACUUGUCACCGAUCAAGAAUUCGUCAUUGUUCCCUCCUUUACCCUCGAGUCUGGUGUUGUCCUUAAAAACGUUCCCGUUGCAUAUACCCGUCGUGGUCACCUCUCAGAAAACAAGAAUAAUGCCCUUGUGAUAUGUCAUGCUCUAAGUGGCAGCGCGGAUGUGGCCGACUGGUGGGGACCGUUGUUGGGAGGACCUGGCCAGGCGUUUGACGUGACGAGAUUUUUCGUCGUCUGCUUGAAUAGUCUGGGAAGUCCAUACGGCAGUGCCAGUCCGGUGACGAACAAGGAUGGGGAUCCGACGCAAGGCAGAUAUGGGCCGGAAUUUCCUCUAACCACUAUAAGAGAUGACGUGAGAAUACACAAAAUUGUCCUCGAUCAUCUCGGUGUUCGACAGAUCGCAUGCGUGGUCGGUGGGUCUAUGGGGGGCAUGCUAUGCCUCGAGUACGCAUAUUUUGGGAAAGACUAUGUGCGGAGUAUCGCACCCAUAGCCACGUCUGCGACGCACAGCGCCUGGGGCAUCAGCUGGGGAGAAGCGCAGCGACAGGCCAUCUACUCCGACCCUAAAUAUGAAGACGGGUACUAUUCUUUUGAUGAUCCUCCUACCGCCGGCUUGGGCGCAGCUCGCAUGUCGGCUCUCCUCACAUAUCGAAGUCGGGACUCGUUUGAGGCUCGCUUUGGUCGCAACACACCAGACUGGUCGAAGAAACCCUCGAUAAAUCAAGGGCCGAAGACAAAUGGGGUCCACAACGAGCACUGGACAAUCCACAACGAUGGGCAUAAACGGGCCAAGGGGUCUCGCGAUUCUCGCCCAGCGUCGCGCAAUGGCACGGUGUCGGAACCAACGUCAGCGCCCGACUCAUCCGACGGAGAGCAACAACCGGCGACAUUCAGAGACCCGCAAUUCAACGGGGCUACCGAGUUUGUCAUACCCGUGCCCGUUGUCGAGAAGAAGACGUCCAGGCCAACACAUCAUUACUUCUCGGCACAAUCCUACCUGCGGUACCAGGGCACCAAAUUCGUGACCCGGUUUGAUGCAAACUGCUAUAUCGCCAUCACGCGCAAGCUGGACACACACGAUGUAUCGCGGAGUCGGGCACCUACCGUCAGAGAAGCUCUUGGGCAAAUAGAACAGCCCGCGUUGGUUCUGGGGAUUGAAUCGGACGGCCUGUUCACCAUCGCCGAGCAAGAAGAACUGGCCGAGUGUAUUCCCAACGGACGACUCGGGAAGAUCGACAGUCCCGAGGGCCACGACGCCUUUUUGUUGCAAUUUGAGCAGGUGAACAGUUACCUAUUGGGCUUUUUCAGAGAGGUGCUGCCGGACAUCAUGAACAAGCCGGGCAUAGGUGGAGCGGAUGGAGAGGUCAAAGAUGGAGUGGGCCAGAUGACCAAGUCGAGUACCUUCGGAGAGGCAGAGGUCGGGGAUUUAACUGCUUGGUAG